CAACUGCAACGUUUGCAGUCGAAGAGAAGUGUAAUUUUGCUGUCCGCUAAUUGAUCUUAUGUUUUAGCUUCUCCUGCCUUUUUCCAUUUUCUAGAUUUCUUCGCUUCUUUCUGUUUGUCUUUUUUAAGCCGAUCUGAUUCACUGCGUGUGUGCGUCGCGGUCGCUUUCCAUGAGGUCCACUGUGAUUUCUACCCUGUAUUAUCCUUUGCAUUAGAUAACAAUCAAGUUUACGGCAAUGGCUUUCUUUUGGACUGCCGGAUAUACACCCUAUGUUACGUUCUUAACAUACCACUCGCGCCGUUUGUGGGAGUCUUACAAUCUGACUUUGGAUUGCAUGGUUCCCAGUAAACAAAUCUGUUGCCUUACACCAAAGUUAGUCGCUUAUCGUUAUUUUUUAGAUAUCACGUUUUCUUCCUGAGCAUCGAUCUCCUAUUUGUUCUCUUGUAUUUCAGAUUGUAAUCCGAUGACAUUCUCGUCGCAUUUUUCGCUGAAACGGUGCCACUUCUUUGUGCUAGUUGUUUUGAUAUUUUCAUACGUUUUUCACUUUUCGGGUGAUGUUGUUUAUGGUCAAUCCACCCCACCAUCGAACUUCCAGGACUCCACUCUCGCUCUCCUCUCAAAUUCGUCUAAUGGGACCUCAAAUACACCCCCAAGCCAUACGGAGGCAAUCCUUUAUGGACUUUUGGCGACAACGGUGACCAAUCUGGCCGCUGCAUUUGGUGUUGUCUUCGUCCCGCUGCACAAAUACCGGUUUUACCCGAUUUUCAUCUCAUUCAUGGUUGCCAUUGCUGUCGGAUCACUCUUCUCUACCGCGGUCCUAGUCCUUCUCCCAGAGGCUCUGCGCUUGGGAGAGUUCUCCAAGCACGAUUUAGACUUACAAUCGGGUUGGUACAUUCCAACCUCAUUGUCGGUUUGUGGUGGCUCAUUUCUCUUCUUCAUUCUGGAGUUUAUGCUUCGACGCAUCCGGGUCCGCUCUACAUUUGCCCCUCAUAGCACUUUGAUCUCUCUGCGCGACUCGUUGGACAGCCAUACUAACACCCCUGUCACCGUGUCUCGCACCUAUGGCCCAAAAGAGUUGGAGCGUGAUAUAUCCAAACAUGGGGACGCGGAUUACGCGAUCGCUUCGUCCAUGUUGACCUCCAACGGAUCAGUGACAGUCCGAUCUUCGCAAUGGUCGAACGAAAAGACAACCGCGGAACGUGGUUCGUCACCGUUGCCGAUGAGUUCACCUUCCACUCAUAAUCAAGAACAUUGCGCAGCUCCCAUCCGUCCUACAGAAAAGCUCACGUUAUGUACUCCGAAUCUUUGCGCUCGCAUGGGCACGCUGGACCCAGUUGUGUGGAUGAUCGUCGUCGGAGACGGGGUUCACAACUUCAUGGAUGGUCUGUCUCUUGGUGCCGGAUUCAUCACGGAUUUGCGCCUCGGGCUCAGUCUGACUUUGUCCAUUCUUUGCGAAGAGCUACCGCACGAAUUGGGGGAUUUCGCCAUAUUUCUUCGAUCUGGAUUGGCCGUUUCCCUGGCCGUUAUACUAAACCUCGUUUCCGCUUCGAUGGCUUAUCUGGGCUUCUUCUUGGGUAUCAUACUGGGUGAAAUGCCUGAUGCGUCCACAUACAUCUUUGGCGUCACAGCGGGCUUCUUUUUGUACAUAUCUCUCGCUGACAUGCUUCCCGAAAUGCAGGCCGCUGAGGAGGAGCGGGAACGAAAGAACGCGUCUAUAAUCCCUUUGUUCUUUGCCCACUGCUGUGGCCUCAUGAUCGGAUUUGGUUGCAUUCUCACCAUCACUCUCCUGGCCGAUCGUAUAGCUAUCUAACACAAGCACAGUCCCCGUGGGCAUCUGCAUCAAGUAAUGUGCGCUCAUUUGAUGGGCCGCCUCCUUCCUUUAUCUUCCGGAAAUGAUCACCUCGAUGAGAAUCACAGAUUUCGCCUACUGUGCUAUCUUAUUAAGUCGGAUCUUACCAUACUAGUCUCUUCGAUGGUCUUUCCCAACUUUGUCAUCGAGUCUGUUUUUCCGAUCUCUUUCCCUGUCUUAUAACUGUUUAAUCGCGGAUUCACAUCAAUGGGCGUGCGAUCGCACUCGCUAUCAUCUCAGGUUAUUCUCAUCAAUGGACCCAGCCGGACAUCACGAAUUCGGGACUCCCGAGGCUUAUGUUUGUGUCUCACGUUGAAAACUCAGUGUUUUCAGAAACAAGACAAUUUAGGCAUCGCUGCAACUUUGGGGUGUCUGAACUUCAUAACGACCAUGUUGAGGCUCUACGACGCUCAAUUUGAAUUCCCAUUCUG